AUACAAUUUAUUUUGUCAGUUUGCACUUUUUCUCUAGGUACUUGUGACAGUUGUGCUGUGGUUGUGUGAUCUAGUAGGCUGCAAAACAAGUGAAAAUUUCAGAGUUACAUUGUAGCCACCAUCUUAAUUUUGGUUUGAUUGUUGAAUUAAAAUGGAUUAUUGUGGGGGCUCCAGCAUAGGCCUGCGACGAAAGUCUCUGAAAGACUUGGAGCCCGACUUAGACAACAUUUUAAUUGUUGCUGUCAUCAUCGGUAAGCAAACACCGAGGAAAUUUCCAGAUAGAAGCAAAGACAACGACCAGUACAGAGCAGUGUGGAAUUUCACCCUCCGGGAUUCGCCUCGAGACUACAUAAACGUGACUUUCUGGGGGCCCAGUGAGGACGUUUGUUCCACAAACGACAAAUUUUACACCGGGGAUGUCGUCGAGAUCAGAAACCCCCGGAUCCAAGUGCGUAAAUUUAACGAAUCCAGCGAGCAGUACUUUCCGACGGUGACUUCGCCCUUUUCGUUGAGUUUGAACGACCGCAAUCAGAUUCUGCGCCACCAUGGAGACACCUUCGCUUUUAACAAGCUUUUGAACUUUCCUACGAAACCAUUGAGUGGUUACGUGCCCCUGCGAGACAUCCACAACGGGGGAGAAAGCAUGAAAGACCGAAUUAUCGACAUUCUGGGGGCCAUAAGAAGCGUCGGACCCUUUAAAAACAUCAAAACGAAAACCGGACAAGAGAUACAAAUGCGCGAAAUUGUGCUGUUUGAUCAUACUAGUUCGGGGUUGAGGGUGGCCUUUUGGGACCCUGAAAAUAUGACGAGGGCUACUAAGUGGAAGCCGCGAACGACAAUUCUUUUUAUUACUGAUACGAAAAUAGUGUGGUCGGGUUUUCUGAGGGCUUACAGUGCCUCAGUUACCGGGCGCUCAAUAGUUACCGAAAACCCCAUUGGAAAGGAGGCUACCACUUUAGUUACAUACGCGAAAAAUGCACCUCUGGAGACCGUGGACAUUUUGGACCAAUUCAUAAUGGAUUUACCAGCUGCUGAAUCCAUACAAAACGUGAUGUGCAUCCAACAAGUACGUAACAAAAUUAACAACUUCUCACAGAAAAAUUUCUCCUCGGAGCCUCAAAUCACGGCGCUUUUGUACGUCACGGUGACCCAAUUAGAUUUAGACGGUCCUCUUCCAGUAACACGUGUUAAAUGUUCUGGAUGCAAAACUUUUCUCAAAAAUACACCUCCAACUUGCGAAAACACCGACUGUCCUACCGUCCAAGAAGCAGGGGUGAGGUCUUUAGACCACUCCUUCGAAAUCAAAAUAAACUUGUCUGAUCACACCGGUACCCUUUCCAGCUGCCGUUUAUCCGGUUCCGUUGCCGAACAAGUCCUUGAUUGUACCGUUCGCCAGUUUCUGAGGAUGACCCAACAUCAAAAAUCCCGCUUGAAGUGGAAAUACCUGAUGGAGCGUUGCGCCGUUCGCAUUGUGGCUCUCGUCCCCAGCGGCCUCUUUCCCCGCAUUUCCGUCGUAAGUCUAGCGAAAGCCGACCCUGUAGAGGCGGCCCAAAAAACCCCCUUGUGUUAAUGCCGCUUA